CUCAGGAGCAGCGUUGCUCAGUUCUAGAUCUCCCCUCCAGAACAAACGCCAAGCACAACUCUGGCCCCCAAGGCUGUGUACUCCGCGCGGGGAGAGCCUUUGGCACCCAGUUCCCGGGGGCUAUCUACAGAUGCGGCUUUGAAAGCUCCCACGCACGCCCUGCGCCCUCGCCGGGACAGAACCCCUAGCGAGUUGGACUCGCUUUGGUCUUCACUUCUGCCCUCCGCCCUCCCCGAACAUGACCUAGAGGCACCUGCGCUUGGAGGCAGUCGCCGCAGCCACGACAGUCACCAUGAAUAAGGAGGCUGGCGGAGAGGAGCUCGCAGAACUCUUCGGUCUGAUCCCGUCCCUUCUACAGGCGGCCAACAACAGCGGCAACAAGUCGUCGCUGCAGCUCCAGGACUUGUGGUGGGAGCUGGGGCUGGAGUUUACUGACGGCGCGGCGCCCGGGCAUCCCCCGGGCACCGGCGGGGCAGAAAGUGCGGACACCGAGUCCCGGGUGCGGAUCCUCAUCAGCGCGGUGUACUGGGUGGUUUGCGCGUUGGGGCUGACUGGCAACCUGCUGGUGCUCUACCUGAUGAAGAGUAAGCAGGGAUGGCGCAAGUCCUCCAUCAACCUCUUUGUGACCAACCUGGCGCUGACAGACUUUCAAUUCGUACUCACCCUGCCCUUCUGGGCGGUGGAAAACGCUCUCGACUUCAAAUGGCCCUUCGGCAAGGCCAUGUGUAAGAUCGUAUCCAUAGUGACAUCCAUGAACAUGUACGCCAGCGUCUUCUUCCUCACCUCCAUGAGCGUGGCGCGCUACCACUCGGUGGCGUCCGCUCUUAAGAGCCACCAGACCCGAGGGCAUGGCCGGGGCGAAUGCUGCGGCCAAAGCCUGGGGGACAGCUGCUGCUUCUCAGCCAAAGCACUGUGCGUAUUGAUCUGGGCCUCCGCCGCGCUGGCCUCGUUGCCCAACGCGGUCUUCUCCACCACCAUCAAGGUGAUGGGCGAGGAGCUGUGCCUGGUGCGCUUCCCAGACAAGUUGCUGGGCAGAGACAGACAGUUCUGGCUGGGCCUCUACCACUUGCAGAAGGUGCUGCUAGGCUUCGUGCUUCCGUUGUGCAUCACCAGCCUGUGCUAUCUUCUGCUGGUGCGCUUCAUCUCCGACCGCCGUGUGGCUGGGACCGAAGGAGGAGCCUCAGCCGCCCGGGGCGGCCUGGCCGCAGCCAGCACCCGGAGACGGUCGAAGGUCACCAAAUCUGUGACCAUCGUGGUCCUAUCCUUCUUCCUGUGUUGGUUGCCCAAUCAGGCUCUCACCACCUGGAGCAUCCUCAUCAAGUUCAACGCCGUGCCCUUCAGCCAAGAGUAUUUCCUGUGCCAGGUAUACGCGUUCCCGGUGAGCGUGUGCCUGGCUCACUCCAACAGCUGUCUCAACCCCAUCCUCUACUGCCUGGUGCGCCGCGAGUUCCGCAAAGCGCUCAAGAGUCUACUGUGGCGCAUCGCGUCCCCUUCUCUGACCAGCAUGCGCCCUUUCACGGCCACCACCAAGCCAGAGCCCGAGGAGCAGGGACUGCAGGCCCUGGCACCUCUCCACCGGACCGCGGAGCCUGACCUGGUCUACUACCCGCCUGGCGUGGUGGUCUACAGCGGGGGGCGCUACGACCUGCUGCCCAGCAGCUCCGCCUACUGACUGGGGGGCGGGGACGCAGUCACUGCAAAGUGGCCUUCCCCGGGUCGGGAAAGAAGAAAGCGGAUAAGCGAUGCUGGGGGCCCAUCGGAUGAGAGGUAGGAGGGACCAAGACAGGGAAAAGCCUAGAGGAAAUGUGAAAUGGCGGGGGAGGGGACGCCGUCUGCGGAGAGGGAAGGCUUCAAACCAGCUGGAGAGAGGACGCUGGCAAAGGUCAGACUCACAAGAACAAGCCGCCAGCCUGCGUCCCCUUCUCCCCACAUAGACUUCUUCCUCCCCUUAAGCUCUCAACACUGGGCUGGGUGAGGGCGCCCGGAAGCGGAGAAAGGAAUCAGGAAUGAAGAGAAAUUGGGCGCAAGGAAGUGGGGCUCAGCCAGAGAUGCGCCGACAACUGAGCGCAUUUACUCCAGCGACUUUUAUGAAGCUCUUGAAGGGGUCUUCAAAGUGCAUCCAACCGGGGGAGCCGCGCACCAAACCUUUCCUUUGCGCCUUGCGCGCGAGACGGCCACAGCGCCAUCUGACUUGCAGCAUGGUUGCGCAGGGGACCAGUUUGGGAAUAAGAAACUUUUUCGGAGUCGCCAGAAAGUACUGACAAUCCCGAUCCGCCCUCUAGAGAAAGGCACCGCGAGAGGGGUACCUCCCAUGGAGCCAUUGUAUAGUUAAUCAUCCUCGACAGAGCCGGUGGGUGCGCGGGAGCCGGACCGCGACUCUGUGCUUAGGUGUCACCGAGGCAAAAUACUUGUCUCCAACGCGCACUAGAGAUUCGCGGGGGAGUGGCGUCACUGCGGGAAGAAGCCCUUGCAGAGAGGUGAG